UCUGAUCAUCUGAUCCCAACCCAUUGUACUCCUCAACCACCAUGUACAUACAAUAUAUCUGUCUCUAUCUCCCUCACUUCUGAAUCCCACUUUUUCACAAGUACCCUGUCCAUCUUCUUGCACAACAAAACACAAACACAACCAUGUGCCGCAACCAAACCACCAUGGGAGUUAAGGUUUCUCCAUCUGCAUCUCCAAAACACGAUCUCAAUCCUUAUGCCAGGCCCUACAAUAAGGCCCCACGAGUCUACUUUGUGCAGCCAUUGCUCCCCCUUCGCUACUACUAUCCUCAUUUCCAGUACACUGUUUAUCACAAGAAUAAUAGCGAUCCACCAAAACAAAUGGCCAAGAGAUGUGAUCCCAACCGUCGCUCUCUGCCACUGAGACAACUCCCCAGGAAGGUUUGGAGGCCUAAGCUGAAAAAUAGGGUUGCUGAAAAUUUAUAUGCACCAGUUGAAUCUGCACCAGCUGCUCCUCUUUUGGUUCAUGGUGAUGAUGAUACUCAGAAGACAAGUGUUAUGAUGAGAAAUAUCCCUAAUCAGUACAGUAGGGACGAGCUUAUGAAAUUCGUUGACAAGUGCUGUGCCGAGCAUAAGCUGGAAUAUGAUUUUUUCUACUUGCCAAUAGAUUUCAGUCGACACCAAAACAAGGGGUAUGCGUUUAUCAAUUUCACAAAGCCAUCAUACGCCAAGAUGUUUGAGCAGGUGAUGACUGGUUACAUAUGGGGAUUUAACCAGUUGGGUGAUAAGAGUUUCACUUCGAAAAAAAUUUGCGAGAUCACCUGGGCUAAGAUACAGGGGAUGGAUGGGUUUGUCAAUCAUUUCAAGGGGAGCAAUUUCCCUUGCUACUGUGAAAACUAUCUGCCUGUGGUACUCAGUCCUCCAAGCAAUGGUGAUGCUUCUCUUUCAAAACUGACCACUAUUGGUUUUUAUUGGAAUGCUGCAUAAAAAUGUUGCUGGAACCAAACAACACAUAGCCUCCCCUUUGCUUCUUGGGCUGUGGUUGGUUUGGAAGGUUCUCAUUUUAAGCUUUAGAUAGCAGUCACUGGUAAGGUGAAACCUAGGGUCUAGUGAAGAUAUGCAAUCCUUUUGUGAAAGAUGGAGGGUAUUGAAAGAUGUGUAUAGAUUAGGACUAGUAAAUCAAGUAGUGUUGUUCUGUUGGUGCUUUGAGACCUGUGUUUUCAUUAUCUCCCCCUGGUUAUUGUGGUUCUCUGGUUGGGAGCUUGUAAACUGGGGUGAAUUGGAAACAUGGGUUCAUGAGCUUUGUGUGCUAACUUGUCUCUGGGGACAUUAGGUCCCUGCAAUAGUUCUGUAUGCUGUCUGUCUUGCUAAUAUUUUAAUUUUAGUUUGUAGUAUUAUGUACUA